AUGGAAGAUGAAGCUGAGAUUACAUCAGUUUAUCACAAACCAGAACUUUCACAGAAGGAUAAAGAAAUUAUAUUGAAUGAAAUAAUUGAGGAGUUUAAAUUGAGUGAUAACGAUGAACAAGAGAUGAGCUUACGCAUUGUCGCCGAGCAUUUUAUGCGCGAAGAUGUAGAGCAGUUGCUCAUGUUUAUUACUGGAAUUGGAGGAUCAGGCAAGAGUCAUGUAAUUCGUGCAAUUGUGGAAAUGUUUCGAAGAUGCGGGGCGCCAGAAAAACUAACAUUGAGCGCCCCAACAGGCAGUGCUGCAGUGUUAAUUGAUGGAUAUACGAUCCAUGCCCUGACGUUUUUGCCAAAG